AUGAAACCGUCUACGGUAUCUGGACUUGUGUCAUUUAUCUUUUUAUCUUUUUUGGUAUUAUGUGUAAAUGGAGGUAAGUGUUGUAAUAUAAGAUUUAGUUUUUUUCUCUUAUUUGUUUGUUUGUAGUAAUAUAACAUGACUUUUUUUAAGGCAGAAUAUCGAUAUCAAGAGGCAAAAAUGUUACAAAAAUUGAGGAUCUUUGCGCAAGAAUGCAUAAUAAUACAGCACUCGGUUAGUUUGAACUGGAACCAAAAUUUGGAAAAGGGGUGAAUGAAGGUUUGCUGAAAAUACAAAAAAUGGGUUCUUCAAAAUUUAAUCCCCUUUUACUGGAACUAGAAUCUGGAAAAAAAGGUUUUUUUAAUUAGAAAAUCUGGUUUUUCAAAUUUCAAGGAAAAUCAUUUCUGCGUGUAGGUAGUGUCUCCUUCUCGGGCUUUUGAGUCAAGUCUGGCCGGUCCAGGAUGUCGUAUGAAUUUUUCUUUCAUAAUUAAUGUCGGGCAUCCGGGAUUGAACUCAAGACGCUGAAUCUCACAUCAGCUAGCUUUAACAGUCAGCAACACCUUCUCCUUCUGAUCAUGACUUAUAUCUGAACGAUCUUUCUGCUAGGCUACUGUUUCAGCCUGAUUUCAGUAAAUCUCUGGUCGAGACUGAUUUAUUUAUCUAUUAGAAAACUCUCCACUGUGUGAAACUAGAAUAGCGGAUACCUGGAUUCGAACUCGGGACUUUGAGAUUCACAGCAGCACCCGUGUUAUCAUAACUCAAAAUAUCUCUUACAGAAGGUACAUCUCCACUUCUUAUGAUGCAAGCCACAGCUUAUGAAUGUCAAAAAAAGUGUGUCGACCUUUUCCCAGAAUGUUCAGCAGGUUAGUUGGUUCGAAAAAGAUUGAUGUGUUAAACAAUAUCUAUAACAAAUGGCGUUUUUGUGCACAUUUGUUGCAUGUUUCACUUUCGAGGAAAAAACUUUCUCUUGUCUUGAAAAAAAAAGAAAAGGACGCGUAGGUUAGGUAACCUAAUAUUUUAUUGCAGUUGUGUACUAUUAUCUUCACAAUGAGACAAAACGUCAUUACUGUUAUUUGUUCGAGGAUAAUUCGAUUAGCGAGAAAGUUGAACUUGUUGAGCAAAAACCAGAGCAUAAGAAGGAUAUUGUGAGAAUGCUUGAAUUGGUCCUCGAUUGUCAUCAAUUUGAUGCUCAUCCACCACUUGAGGAAGACGGUUUGGCAUCUUCAACCGACAAGGUUGAUCGCAAAAAGAGACGUGAGCAAUGAACAAAAUUUUUCCCUAAAUCAAUUUUUUUUCUGCAGAACAAGGAGAUGAAGCUGUUAUGGGAGUCGGUGAUUGGACUGAUUGGUCAGUCUGCUCAAUGAACGGCCAUGAAACUCGCUCACAAGCUUGUGAAUACGGAAGAAAAAUCCAACGUCGUGGAUGUCCAGCUCGUUCAGCGCCACAAAGAAUUCCAGCUCCACCAGCUCCACAAUUCCCACCAAGACAACCACAAUAUCCUCAACAGCAACAGCAACAGCAACAAAGAGAGCAGCAAUUGAGAGAGCAACAAUUGAGAGAACAACAAUUGAGAGAACAUCAAGCUAGACAACAACAACAGCAACAGCAAUCUCAACAACCUCAACAACAUCCAAAUGCUGAACAACAACGUCUUGAGCAUCAACAACGUCUUGAUCAACAUCGUCAAGAGCAACAAAGACAAGAGCAACUUCGUCAGCAACAGCAACAACCAGGACAUCCAGGAGCUCAACUCACACCAGAGCAACAAAGAGCUGAACAAAUCCGUCAACACGAAUUGCAACAACGUCAACAACAAAUCCAACAACACUAUCAAUCCGGUCAAUCUCAAAUCCAACUUCAAACUGGACCAGCUGCUCCACCAAGUGCUCCACAACAACCAGAUCCACAACAAUUGUAUCAACAACGAAUGGCUCAAUAUCGUGAGAACUACAAUCAAAGACAUCCAGCCAAGCCAGUUGCCGAUCCAUGUCCAGGAGGUUAUUGCAUUCCAGUCGGAGGUCAGCAACCAGGUCCACAACCACCAGCACCUGAAAGACCAACACCGCCACCAGUCUUGGCACCGGUUAUUAUCACACCAACUCACCCACCACUUCCACAUCCUUACCCAACUAGAUAUCGUCCAGCACCCCCACCACCACCAGCUUGUGACGGACAAGGAUGUGCUGCACCAAUUGUUGUGCCAGGUACUGUAGAGCACUAACACAUCACAUUUUAACCUUAAGCACUCGCACACAGAGUUUCUUGAUUGAUUGACUAACAAGUUUUCUUCUGAAUUUUAGGAACCUGGCAUGAUUGGUCUGAUUGGUCUCAAUGCUCUUGCACCUGUGGAGAUGGAGCCAAAUCCCGUCGUCGUGAAUGCUCAUCCAAUAAUUGUCAAGGACCAGACUUCGAGACUGAAAACUGUAAUUUGGGACCAUGUGAAACCUGGUCAGAGUGGUGUGAAUGGUCGACUUGCUCGGCUUCUUGUGGAGCUGGAGAACGCUCAAGAACUCGUUUCUGCCAUCUUGGAACUAACAGAUGUGAAGGAAAAGACUUUGAGGUAAAAAUAAUAUAUGAUAUCUAUUGAAAAGGGCCGGCCCGGGCUUCCGAAACAAGAUGUCUGAUGAAUCCCAGAAAGUCGGAAAAUUUCCAGAUUUCAAAAACCAGAAAAUCUGAAAUUUUUUUUUUAAUUUCAGCACUUUUUACAUUGCUCAUUAACAGAUGAUUUUUCAGUUUUAAAAAUCAAAUUUUUUCGAAAAUUCAGAUUUUUUGUCAGACUCUGAGAAAAGUAUCCGAAAAUUUGGCCGAAAAUUUCCGGCCCUGGCCUGAUCCUAACAAUAAAAUCUUAAAUUUAGGCUGAACAAUGUACCGCUGGACCAUGCCCAGAAUGGACAAAUUGGGAAGAUUGGGGAAGUUGCUCCGUCACUUGUGGAACCGGUGUUGCUCUUCGUGAACGUACCUGCCUUACUCAACACGGACAACAAUGUGAAGGUGAACGUGUUGAACAACGCGUCUGCGAAGCCGGACCAUGCUCCCUCUGGUCACCAUGGCAAGAAUGGUCGGGAUGUUCAGCUAGCUGUGGAAACGGAAUGAAGAGACGUCAACGUGUCUGCCAAUAUGGAACUGAUUGUCCAGGACCAAACGAGGAAAGUCAAUUCUGCUACGGACCACCUUGCGCUGAAUGGACUGAAUGGUGCGAGUGGUCAAGAUGCUCAUCGAAAUGUGGACCAGGACAACAAACAAGAACAAGAGGAUGUUUGGGAUCUGAUGGAAAAGAAGCUACUACCUGUCAAGGAUUGAGCAUUGAAAAUAAACUUUGUGAAGGCAAAUCUUGCUGCAAUUGGGGAGAAUGGUGCCAUUGGUCAAUGUGCGAUAAGGAUUGUGGAGGUGGACAAGCAACUCGUACACGUACCUGUGUGAACGGAGCUGGACAACCAGAUGAUAGUUGUCACUGUGAUGGAAACGAUAGAGAAGAGAAACAAUGUAACACACAAAGCUGUGCCCCACAAUGUGCCUGGAAUCAAUGGUAAUAAUUUCCAUACUAAUUCUGUCUAAAAAAAACAUUUUUCCAGGUGCGAUUGGAGCCCAUGUUCAACACCACUUGAAUGCGAAACCGGAGUUCAAAACAGAACUCGUCAAUGUGUUGGUGAAACUGGAUGUCACUGCAUCGGACUCGCUGAAGAGUCACAACAAUGUCGCGGUCUCAAUCCAUGUGUUCCAAAACCACCGUGUUAA